CUCCCCUCCGUUCCCAGGCAGGCCACCGCUGCCCUUUCUCUCAUCUUUUCUUUGUUUUCCAUCAAAUCAGCAAUAGCUGCAUCUGUCUGUCCUCCGAACUUGGCCAAACAUCUUCAUACUUCAUUCUCUCAACCGAAGCACCAUCGGCAGCUAGCAGCUUAAGCAUACUGCUCAGUCCUCAUCGAUCCUUAUUCCUCUUUGUACCGCUUCCAAAUCAAAGCAGCUCCUCUGAAUUACUUCCAAUCAAAGUAGCUCGUGCUCCUCCCUCCCUCUAUUCUUCUAUCCGCCGAAUCAAAACAGGCAGCCAGUCGCAGAGCAAGUCAAGAACCCCUCUUCCGCACCAGUCGUUGUCUACCUGCGAGCCAUGGCAGCGACGCCAGCAUUGCCCGUAGAGGGCGGAUGGCCCUUUUGCCGGCGUCACCCCUAGAGCCUUGUGCGUCUGGAGGAGGAUGGAAGGGGAGAAGUGAAAAUGGCGCGUAUGGAUGACAUCACGCGGAAUCACAGAUGGAAGAAAACCAAUGGCCGCCGCAGAGGAAGCAACGGUCGAGGUAGGCGGCGGCGAGCGCAGUGAAGCCCAGCUGCGCCGCGCCGUGGCACGCCCAGCCAACUGCAGCCUCACGCCGCGCCACGCCGCUAUACCCGUCCUCCUCCCCCUCGGCUGCGAGCACCACCCCCUCGUUGGCCUUGUGCCCUCGUCAAGCGCCACCGGACACCGCUCCGCAGCGUCUUCACUAGGCUCCUCGUGGUAAAGGUCGAGGUGCUCCUCGGGGCAGUAGAGGGGAUUGAACAGCGCAGCGAAGGCCUCCAUGGCGAAUCGCCUAAAGAGCGCCAGGAAGAAGCUCGUGAGAAAAAAAAAACACGACGCGGGAAGGGCGAUCGGGAGGAGCGUAUUUUUACCUAUUGGGGAGGGAGAUUUAGCAAUUGUUAGAAGACGAGGAACUAGUAUAGAAAGUUAUUGGAGAGAGUUUUUUUCUUUUCUAAAAAAAUAAAAAUAGGGAAGUGAGAUUCGGGAACUCUUGGAGAUGCAUUUAGCCAAUAUCUUGUUGCAGCAUCUGGAGUUGGGAAGAAAAGGUUAAAACCCCAUUAGUGGGCCGCGUCCAUGGGCCGCGAGAGUCAUGAAUUCUAGCACUGCGCAAGAAGUUUUUUUUUGAAAGAAGCACUGCGCAAGAAGUAAAGGCCCACCAUUGCACCCAAGGAGGAAGAAUAAGACCGACCCACUGUUUGUUAAGGUCAGUUUAACGAGGGAUCCCGAUUAUCGACCCUCCGACGGGGCACACCGUGGCAGCAGCUUCAUGGCCGCCGGCGGUCCCUCCGCCGCGGACACAAGCGACGCCCCGGCCACCUUCUCCUCUGCAACUCCGUACCCCGACCGCCUCCGCGAAGCACUCGACGGUCGUACUAUACAUCGAUCUCGCAGACCAUAUGCUGCUUCCCCCAACCCUCUAAACGAACCCCCCCCCUGAAAUGUACGCCUCCGCCGCAGGAAUGCAAAUCCGGCGUCUCCGAUGCUUUGGAAGCCGCCUCUUUAACCGUCUCUGAGAUUGUUGACGCCGCCGCCGCCAUGAGUGCUGAGGCCGAUGACGGGAGGGGCGACGGCGAUGGCGACGCCGCGGCGGCGGCGGCCAGGGUCUCCGAGGAGAUGCUCCGCGAGGUGCACGAGUUCCUCUCUCGUCCGUCUUCGAACCAGAUGGCAAUUGACGCGCUCUCGCUUGUGCUCCCCAAACAUGUGGCCAAGCUUGGAGUUCAAACGGGGGGAUGAUGGGACCUUGCUGCUGCUAUCCUCAGGUUCUUCGUGACGAAUUGCAGUCCGAGGGACAUGCUCUCCAUCCUCUGUGAGGUUAUUUCAAUGGUGCCCUCAUAUUAGAGAUUCGACAUCUUACAAGCUCUUCUAAACAAUAGCAUGUCGCCGUCCUUGACCGCAAUUCUCCUAGAUCUAGUGAGGGAUGAAGUUUUGAGAGAGAGUCGUCAAGCUGAAAACAAUUGUGCUGAAUCUGAUGGAUUGCCACCUUGGGCUUCUCAUGCACUUGAGUUAGUCGAGCUGAUUUUGAGGCCUCCACAAGGUGGCCCUCCUUGCCUUCCUGAUCACAGUGAACAGGUAAUAUCAGCUCUGAACUUGCUUAGAUUUAUUUUGAUAAUAGAUUCAAGAGGACCAAGAUCAGGGAAAUUCUUCCAGAAAGAAACUUUACACAAGGUGCAUUCGGAGUGGCUGAUCCCAUUAAGACCAAUUGUCUCGGGAAUUCUGUCAGAAAACGAAAGGGAUGAUAGUGAGCUUGCAAAUCAGAUCUUGUGCUCGUUAAAUCCUUUUCAAUUAGUGUUGUACCGCUGCAUAGAGUUGGCGGAGGACAAGAUGAAGGGUUGCUAACGUUUUCAGCUCACUCUUUCCAUGCGGUACUAACCUCUGUGUAUUGAGUAGGUGGUGACAAGAUAGAAAUAUCUUGCGGAUUCAAACUCCAUCGUUUUAUCUUGUGGUCUCGGGCAUUCUUCAGUUCCCUUGCUAGUAUGGUUUUCUUUGAGAAGUUUAGGAAGAAAUUUCCUAUUUGAUACUAGCAAAAUGACUAAUUCCUUCCUCGACCCUUGAAAGUUCAAACUUCUAACUUUCAUUCCCAAAAUAGAUGGUAUUGCCGGCUAGGCUUUUGUAGCUUAGAUCAACAUAGCAAUAUUUUUCAAAGGACA